UAGUCAAUUGAAGCAGAACUGGAGUUUGGAGGUCGGUUCAAUCAUUUAAAUCCAAUUAUCCAACCUCCCAAUUUUUAAGGAGGGAGAAAAAGAGAGUAAGAAAGAGGGAAAAAUCUAACCCUCCUGAAAUCUCGAAGGGUUGCCUUAGAACAUAGUGAAACAAAGGGAAAAUGCCAACUUUGACGAAACUUUUCAGUAUGCAAGAAACUGCAGAACACAACACCAAGGAGGAUUGUUGGGUAGUCAUCGAUGGCAAAGUUUAUGAUGUUACAUCUUACAUGGAUGAACACCCCGGUGGAGAUGACGUGUUUCUCACUGCAAGUGGGAAAGACGCAAAAGAAGACUUUGAAGACGCUGGACAUAGCCAAGAUGCAAGGGACAUAAUGGAGAAGUAUUUUGUUGGGGAGCUAGACCCAUCUGAUGCAUCUAUUCCAGAACCCGAGCAAGAAAAGGCGGAGACCAUCCAGAAGUUCAAAGAAUUGCCUCUGCAAUACUGGGGAAUUCCUGUUGCUGUUGUUGGCAUCUCCAUUAUAGCUGCCUUCUUUUACUUGCGUAGGAAGUAGAAAAGUCGUAGAAGAAGCAGGGAGGACAUAAAUCAAGCAGAUGGUCUAAGUGACCUUUACAGCAAGUGAAAUGAAGAACAGAGCUUAUCAAUUUUGAUAAAAGAAAAAAGAUUAAUCAGUUGGGAUUUUUGUUUCUUUCAUUAACGGACAAUAGUAAAUCCUGAUAUAGUUUUGGAAGCAUGGCUUUGAUCAGAGCUAGAAGAUUACUCGUUUUUCUUCUGUGAAAGGAGAGCUAGAGAUUAAUCUCUCUUUUUUUUUUUCCCAAAGGAGAGCUAUAGAUUACUCUUAUUACUUUACAGUAGUGGAGAAUCCAUCAUUCAAAUUGAUUGGUUGUAACUUUUGUGAGGUCUCUCUCCUUUUAGUUUACAUAUAAGAGGUUUUCUUA